CUGAAUAUUAAAUAUAACAAUAUUUGAUUACUUAAUGCCUUUGUACCUCUUGGUGAUUAUUACAAAUUUAGUAUUUGCUACGUUCAUAAACUAUUCGUUAGUGUUAGUAUUUUGUUUUUACCCAACUGUUUGGGCUCUACAUUUAACUUAAUCGUAAAUAUUACCAGUCAAAAAGUUCAAUAAAAUCAAUACAAAAUGAUGACCCUUAUAAAUCGGAUACUUGAUUGGAUUAAGAGUAAAUUUUGGACUGAAGAAAUGGAACUCACCCUUGUUGGGCUACAAUGUUCCGGAAAAACUACAUUUGUUCAUGUUAUUGCAUCUGGACAAUUUAAUCAAGAUAUGAUACCAACAGUUGGAUUCAAUAUGCGAAAAGUGACAAAAAAUAAUGUUACUAUUAAAAUAUGGGAUAUUGGUGGUCAGCCACGUUUUCGAUCUAUGUGGGAGAGGUAUUGUCGAGGAGUUAAUGCUAUUGUUUAUAUGGUAGAUGCAGCAGAUACUGAUAAAUUAGAAGCUUCAAGAAAUGAACUUCAUAAUUUAAUAGAUAAACCACAAUUAGCUGGUAUACCUGUCUUAGUUUUGGGUAACAAGAGAGAUUUGCCAAAUGCUCUAGAUGAAGUUGAACUCAUUGACAGGAUGAAUUUAAAUGCAAUUCAAGAUCGAGAAAUUUGUUGUUAUUCGAUAUCUUGCAAAGAACAAGAAAACAUUGAUAUUACUUUGCAAUGGUUGAUUAGCCAUUCCAAAUCUAAUCGUCAGUCAUCAACGUAAAAUUACCAUUGGAUAAAUGUCAUAUCUAGCACUGAGUUUGUGCUAAAAUAUUGAAUCUUUUCUAGAUUUAAUUUUUUGUUUAAGGCUGAUCCACCUUUUUU